CUUCCACUCCUUCGCAAGCCAUGUCGCUGCUCGGGGCAGACUACAGCAGCGGCAGUGACUCGUUCGACAACGACGAGGUCGAGCACGUGGCUCGUGUAGAGAAGGAACCGUCGAUUGUUCUUCCGCGAGUGGACGACAUCUUCAAGGAAACCAAAGCUCCGUCCUUCCUCGUCAAACCCAAAAAAGCUUCGUUGGACGUGUUUGACAUCGACAAGGAAACACUGACCAAGCUCCCACCGCCUCCCAUGGAGCUUGCGCAACGAAGGACCCAUGAUAGCACCGACACACCUCCUGAAGCCAAAGCAAAGGUGGGUUCUAUGUUCGAGUUUCCCGGUGUCGAUCAAGAUAUUCCGAAGCGAACAAAGCACUUGCCACGCCACCAUCAAAAGCAGUCGGGUGAGAGCAACUCGCACAAGCGAAAAGGCGGCGACGGGGAUAAGACCAGUGGCAAAGAUCGCGUCAAGCAGCAGCGUCUUAAGGGUCAGUCGGGAAUUGGCAGCGACUUCAAGACAUGGAAAUCCGAGACAGAGAUGAAAAUGCGCCAGGGUUACGACUAAACACAAACGCUUUCUACCUACAUGCCUUCGAUCGUGGCGCUCUCGGGACAAGCCACGUCCUUUGUCCAAAUGCGCCGACGGACCAGUCGUUCGGAUGUGCACACGUGCCGUUCUACAACAGAGUCUCUUCCUCGUGCACUGGAAGGACUCUUAACGUCGCAAUUCAGCAUUCAGUUUUCGUAA